GUUUUAUUGAGGUUUAUGAGUCGUGAAGGUCUUCUGGACAUAUACCGCAGAACGAGAUAUUUUGAAAAGCCGUACAAACAGCGUCGACGAAUCGCGUACGAAACUUGCAAGGCUAUUUAUGACGAAGAUAUGCGACGCAAGAUCGAUUUCAUUGCCCGAAAAAACAGAGUCGAUCCCUGGCCUGGUCAAGUAUCGACAUAA